CUUUCCGGGCAAACUGUUCUGACUUCCGUGUUGUUAACAGGGUUUAGCUAGUCCAAUGUAGUGUACGAUGAGGCCCGGUUAAGUAACGACAGAAUUUGGGGAACUUUGAAGAGCCAUAGGGAUUAUCGUUGAUCCAGCACCCUUAAGACUUUCUGACCCGCGGGCAGAUUUUUUAUUUUUAUUUAUUUUUUAGAUCACACCCACAAGUCACAUCUGAUGGGCCAGCAGUUAACAGUUGUUAGCAGUUGUUAACGUCCUUUGUGUCUGUACGUGGAACGUCAGCCAGCAAUGGCCACUCAUUUCCGUAGCUACAUCUGGGACCCGGUCCUCAUCGUGUCCCAGAUCGUGCUGAUGCAGUGCAUCUACUACAGCUUUUUGGGCCUGUGGUUGGCUGGAGUGGACAGCCUUGUGCAGAGUAGUCGGUCAUUGGACCAGAUCUUCAGCUAUCAAGCUCUCGGUUUUGCAACCGUGCAAGGCAGGCUCUCAAUGAUGGCAUUCAUCUUGAAUUCUCUUACCUGCGCCCUCGGUCUGUGGUUCUUCAUCCGCCGAGGGAAACAGUGCCUGGACUUCACGGUCACCGUGCACUUCUUCCACAUGAUCGGCUGCUGGAUAUAUAACGCUCAUCUUCCAGCUGCCUUGUCCUGGUGGCUCGUCAACAUAGCCUGCAUGGCGUUGAUGGCUGUAAUUGGAGAGUACCUGUGCAUGCGGACUGAGCUCAGGGCAAUUCCAGUCAACACUGGACCGAAAUCUAAUCUGUGAAUUUUCUUUGGUGACGGGCUGAAAGAUUGUGAAGGGUAAUCCUUGAGGGACUCACUGAGGAGGGUUUUUUUCCACCCUCCACUCUUGGAAAAGAAAAAGCACAUGAACCUCUGUCAGCACGCAUGUCGGAUUUUCGUGCUUUGUCUGUUUCCAUCAAGUGGUUCACCCUCCCGGACCUGAUCUAUUUAUUCAUAGCUGCACAUUAAAUAUUGGACAGUGCAAAUUUGUAGCAUAUUAAGACACCUGUUUUAAGUCUUUUGAAAGCACAUGCCAGUUUACAUCCUUCUCUAAACUAAAUGACUACAAAUGUUUUUUAAGUAAGUUUUUAUGUUGAAAUUCAUUAUUUUCAUUCCUUAAUUUUAAGACAUUUUUUUCUGAUUGUUGUUAAAUUUAGCAGACAUACACAUACGCAAAUUAAAAAGCUCUGUCCUAACAGCACUUUAAAGAUGCCGGUGUGCAAACUUCACAUCAAAGUUUUAGUUACUGCUUCUUAAAGCUGCUUUUAAACGUUAAAUAUGGGGAGAAAUGUGUUUUUAGACAACAAAAAGGUACAGUGCUUAGCAGAUUUAUUAGAUCAUCUGUCACAAAGACAAAUAUUUUAGAAAUCUGUCAAAAAACUUCACCUACAAAAACAAAUGUUUCAAAUCUGUAAUGGAUGUAAAAAAAACAACAACUGUAAUUUGGCACCUUAAUAAAGAAAAAGUGCUUUUGCACCAUUUUAGCUCUUUUCUUUGGUAAAACUGUAAAUUAGAAAAUAAUUGAUAAUAAUUAUAUUUUAGUACUAAAAAUAUCGUUUCAGCUGCACACACUGGUGGAUUAACCAUUACAGAAAAAUAAAAAAAUAUUUUUAUUGGUAAUUUAGGGCAGCUGUGGCAUAAAUCUUACACUGGUGGUCUAAUAAAUUUGUUAAGCACUGUAUGCUAAUCAGUAGGUCAUCAUGUAAAUCCAAAUAUAGGAAAGAUUUUAUGCGUCAUAAUUGGGGCUCAAUAAGUGGUCCAAAGUAAUAAAAACCAGGCUCAAUUUGAUGUUUCCUACAUUCAGCCUCCUAAUCCUUGUUAAAUGCUUUUCUUUUUGAGUCUGUACCACAUUUUGCACAGCAAGCAUUGUUGGGUUCUGUCUCUUUAUGGCAUGAUGUAUUAUGCAAACCGUUUGGCCACUUCGGGGACAGUUUGUCAGCCACCAGCUGCGUUCUGACAGCUGGCUUUGUCUGUGCUUCUGAAAAAUUGCUGUUCGGGGAGGAUGUGAUGGGGAAAGUCCUAAAACGUGCGGCUCUGAUGUCUUUUUUUUUU